UUAAUGAUUUCACUAAUUAUUAUUACAGUUAUUGGCAAUGGAUGUGUCAUGUAUGUUAUUUAUCAUAAAUCGGUUCUUCAUACAGUCACUGGAUUUAUGAUGUUCAACUUAGCUGUAACUGAUUUUAUUGUUGGUAUAUUUAAUAUGCCAUUUUCCUUAGCAGCUUUUGUAGCUAGUCAAUGGGAAUUUGGAUUAGCUGUGUGUAAAAUUGUAGCAUUUAUUCAUACUCAAAUGUCGACGGCAUCAGUAGUAUGGCUAGCUGCUAUUAGUAUCGAUCGAUGUUAUGCCAUCUGUCGACCAUUAAAAUAUUAUUCGGUCAUAACUACAUCCAAAGUGAAAAUAUUCAUCGCUUUAGGCUAUCUUAUUUCAAUUGUAGUAGCAUUGCCACCAUUAUUUGAAUAUAAAUCAUGGGGACGAUAUCGUUACCUUGGCAAGAUGGCAUUUUGUUGGGUGUCCGAUUGUAAAGCAAGGCAAUAUUUGAUAUCAUUAAUGUCAUUUUUAUUGACUUCAUUUUUGGUUAUCGUUAUAUGUCAUGCAUUAAUCUAUCGGUCUGCUAAAUCCAAUUUUCGACGAAUUCCACGACCUACUAUGGCCGAUCAUAACGAUCAAAUAACUGAUAAAGAUAAAAUUAAUAAGACAACUCUGAUAAUUGUGGGGACAUUUUUCAUUUGUUGGGCACCUCGUACUAUUAUUGGUAUCCUACAAUUGCUUACAACUCAAUUAGAUAACUAUGGUAUGAUAGAACUGCUAUUUUUAUGGUUAUCUAUGAUUAAUUCAACGUUAAAUCCUAUUAUUUAUGGUUUCCAUAAUAAGGUUUUUCGACAAGAAUUUCGA